GUAGAACUUUUUUUGUUGUCAUAGAAAAAUUCUUGAAUUGAUCAAACAAAAAAAAAACUUUCUUCUCUCAAAUGCUUUAUAGAAGUUGAUAGAAUAAUGAAUAAAGUGCAAACAUUAGCACAUAUCGAACACAGUGUGAAUUAUUCAAUAUUUGAUGUGAAAUGGAUUCCUUUCUCUGCAAAAUUUAUCUCAAUUGGAUCGAAAACAAACGGAAAUGGAAUUUUUCAGAUUUAUGAAUUAGAUUCGCCGAAAGUUAAAUUAGUUAAAGAAGUAACACAGGAGAGUUCACUAAAGUGCUCAAGUUUCGGCAUUUCAUCUCCUGGUGAACGUCACUUAGCCGUUGGCGAUUUCUCUGGAAAAUUACAAAUUUUUGACAUUGAGAGACCUGAGAAAUCCAUUUAUAAAGUCGAUGCACAUUCCGAUAUAAUAAAUAGCAUCGAUGCAGUUGGAGGAAACUCAACUUUCUAUGGAGCCAAAGAAAUAGUUACCGGAAGUCGCGACGGAAGUGUAAAGAUUUGGGAUCCUCGACAAAAAAAUGAUCCAGUAGCAAACAUAUCAGCAAAGUCAGCAAAUGAUACUGAAUUACGUGAUGUUAGAGAUUGUUGGGCUGUCGGAUUUGGCGACAGUUUCAAUAACACUGAGCGAGCUGUUUGUUCUGGUUAUGACAACGGUGACAUUAAGCUCUUUGAUCUCCGAAAAAUGUCAUUACGAUGGGAGACAACCUGCAAAAAUGGAAUAUGCUCAAUCGAAUUCGAUCGUAAAGACAUUCAAAUGAAUAAACUGGCAGUGACAACUCUCGAAGGCGGACUUUAUGUUUACGAUAUGCGAACGCAACAUCCUAAGAAAGGUUUCAGUCAUUGUUCUGAAAAGAAUGCUGGACAAUCAUUAGGAUCAAAUGGUGUCAUAACAGGAGCAAAAUCAACAGUUUGGGUUGUAAAACAUCUGCCACAAAAUCGCGAUAUUUUUGUAACAGGUGGUGGUGCUGGAAGCAUUCGAAUUUGGAAUUACAAAUAUCCUGACCAACGUUACUAUGAAAUGUCCGAUGGCACUAAAUCUGGUAUUGCUGGCAACUUAGAAAUGAUUUCUGCAACAACAAUCUCACAGCAACCAAUUCACUGUUUCGAUUGGUGUGCAGAACGAUUGGGACUUGCUGUUUGUGGUGCAUUUGAUCAAACAGUCCGAGUAUUAAUUUCAACAAAUUUAAACUUGUUUUGAACUUUUGUAGAUUUAUUUAUGAUCUUAAUAAAUUUAUUUUAAUUAAUAAAAG